AUGGGGCUGGUCUGGGGGCAGCGGAAGGUGCCCAUGACCCAGAGGGCUUCUCCUGUGUUCACAGGAUUUUGCCAUUUCUCUCCUUCUCCCCUCACCAAGAGCAGGGACGGAGCAAGCCUUCGCCACCUGUCUCUGGCACCCGCCGAGGAAAGACAGGCCAAUGGAAAGAGGGCAGAGGUUCACACCCCACCCCCGAACCCCAGCGCCUGGCUGCCCGGAGGUGGCUCCAUAGCCCAAGGGAACCGACGCCCCCGGGCCGGCUGCCUGCUCCCCCACGGCACGGGCCCCACCCCCAAUCCUUCCGGCGCCCCAGCGCCCACCCACCCGGGCGCGGGAGUGGGAGGGUGCCGCGUGGGCAGCCGGAGCAACAGGCGUGGGAGCAGCGCUCCUCGCACUUCCUGGCUCCAGAAGGCUCGGUCGCGUCCCUCUUACCUUCCGCGAAGCCAGCCCGGGCCCCGCGCCCGGCGCCCCGCGCGCGCGAGGAAGCUGCAGCCGGGAGCCGGGGGCCGCGGAGGCGCCGAGCGCCCAGCAGCGCGGGGAAGCGCCCAGCAGCCGCCGCUCGCGCGGCUCCUCCUCGCCAGCGAAGUCUCGCUCGCUGCCUCCCUCGCUCGGUCGGUUCGUGCGUCCGUCCGUCCGUGGGGCCCUCCCUCCCCCGCCGCCACUGCCGCCGCCACUGCCGCCGCCACUGCCGCCGCCACUGCCGCCGCCGCCGCUGCCGCAGCCUCCGCCGCUCCAGCCCCGGCUCGGCAGCGCGUCCCCUCCCCGCCUCGCCGCUCCGCUCGCGGGCUCGCGGGCUCCCUCGCUCGCUCCCUGCCCCCGCCGCUGCCGGCGCCGCGCCGAGCGGAGCCCGGCCGGCCACGGGCUGCCUCUCUCGAGGUCCCUUUCCCGAGGGGGGAGGUGGUGGGGGCGCGGCGCAGGCGGGGCGGGGAGGAGAGGAGAGUCCGGGGGAGGCGGCAAGGCUGCGCCCUCGGCUCUCUUCCGAUCCCCGCGGGCCCAGCGGCCCCAGGCCGGGCCGGAGAGCGCCGGGCCGGAGAGAGCCGAGCCGCCAGGCAGCGGAGGAAGAGAGGAGGAGGACCCGGAGUCUCGCCGCGGGAGGGUGCCCAGGGCGAGGGCGUGCGAGGGGGAGUGACUCCGCGCGCGAGGGUGUGUAAGAGUGUGAGUGCGUGUGUGUGUGUCUGUGUGUGUGGAGAGGGGCGCGCGCGUGAGCGGGGGGUGGGGAAACGAGGCAGAGCCUGGUGCGUCUUCCCGGGCGAGUGGAGGAAUCCUAGGGUGUGCCUGGAGGUGGCGGAGUGUACCGACGCGGGUGUGAGCGCGUGUGCCAGCGAGGGUGGGCACGGGGGCAGCAGCACCUGCUUGAGACCAAGCCCGGCCACCUGGCAAGGUGGGGCCCCCUACCGCGCAAGCUUCGCGGCUGGCCCCCGGCUCUCAGCUCCGAGUGCAGAAGCUGAAGAGGUACCCAGGGGACACACUACCUCUAACCCCACGUAUGAGCCGCUCUCCUCUCGGAGGACGAAGACACCAUCGGAAGGUCGAGAUUCGCCCUCCUGUUCCGCCACGUCUACCCACUACCCAGACCGAGAGUCUGGACUUGAGAGCGUGAACUCUCACCCGAGCCGGUCCCCUUCCAACGGGAGCCCGCCCAGCUCCUCAGUCCCUCCCUGAAGCCCAUGGGUCCCCACUGCCCCGUGCCUCGUCGACCCAGGAUGGGCAGUGGGAAGGUCAGCAUGUGCCCACAGGGCCAGGUGUCCGGCCCAGAUUCCCACCCUCAGGGCGGCGGCGCGCAAAGGGCGCAGUCCCCGACGCUGGGCGGACCCGCGGCGCCGGCUUUCCCGGUGUCUCCAGCCUCGGUGCCCGGAACCCCCGAUCUCGGCCUGGCGCUCCGGAAGCGAGGCAGCUCGGUGCCCCAGCAGGGACGCGGAACGCUUGGCUUGAGAGAUCACAUUUCUGGGUGUGGAGAGGUGGGUGCCGAGGCAGAGGAACGCAAAGUGCGUUGUGACCGCGGGGGUGUUCUAGACUGCGAGGGUGUUCUAGACCCUAGGACAACUGUAGACCCAGGGCUGGAAAACGACCUCCCUGAAUCCGGAACGGGGCUUCUGGCUUGUGAGAACCCCUAGCCCUCUUCCAGAUGAAGGAGUGGGAGUCGGUAAUUGUGGUCUGGGCCCUUGUGGGCCCCUGGCCCCUUGGAGUCCCUCAUUCACUCACUCUCACUUUUUCCGGAGCCCCCUUCAGUCUGUCAGUUUAAAAGGUACACAAUUGGCCCUUCAGGAGGUGGGCGUGGGCUCCAUUAGCGUUUGCCAGGAGUCCCGGAGCUGUGUGGGAUUUGCAUACAGUAAUAAUGAUUAACAACACUGCCACUCCCUGGCAGACAGGGGAAGAAUUCAGGGAAGGCCCUGGCGCUGCUCCCACCUCCCUCCUCCCUUCCCUCUGGGGAAGGGCUAAUUUUCUGGCAACUGCACACCUCAGUUCCUCUGACCCCGGGGAGACAGUGCCUCGGGUCCUGAGUGGUCACUACUCAGGAGGCGGGGGCACUUUCCUUCAGUCCUCCGUCCCAUGUUCAGGUCGGGAAAGUGAAACCCAUAUUUUUUUUCUGCCCAGGUUUCAACUCCUGUACAUUCUCUCUGUUGUUUAGCAUCUUGGGGGCAGCUCAGGGGUUGAGUCUUUCUCACUGUUUGGAGGCCUCAGGAGACAGUUGGGGACAUCUUUUCUCCUCAGAAAGUCAACUAACGGGACAGUUGUGGCCUCCUGAGACUCGUAAGCUCCGUUUGAAGACCAGACACUGGUCCAGACACCUGCCUCCUCUUUCCUCAUAAGCUCGUAACUCAUUGCUUAAGUGUGGUAGCUGUAGACUAUUUUCUCCUUUCUGUCUUAACCAUCUAGGGAAAAUAGGAAAGACUGGGAUUUCUAGUCUAGGCCAGUGUGAGUUUUGUUUACCAGCCCUUCCUACAACCAGGUGAUCUGCAAAAUGAGAGCAAGCAAUGGGGAGAAAGGAGGCCCCUUGGCUCAGGCAGCUGGAGUAGCCCUACUGCCCAGGAGAUGCUGUCCCUCCUACCAGUCCCCAGUCAUCUAUUGCAUCUUUCCAGCACUGCCUGUCCUCACCUUCCCCCUCUGCCUCUGGUCUUGGCCUGGCCGGGAUUUUCACUUGCUUUUCCCCCAUGACACGGCCGCUUUUCCUUUAACUCUCAGCUUCUAUUUAAAAAGCUAAUUUGGGAGCUUGUCGAUGCUCCCAAUUCAGACAUUUUAAAUAGGAACUGAAAGUCAGGAGCUGCCAGGGCACUAGAUUUCCUCCCGUUGCCACCAGCACAGCUGAGGCAUUUGUUCAGUCACUCCUCUGGCCCUGGCCGUGUGUGUCUGUGUGUGUGAGCACCCGCGAGCUCAGGGUGUAUUUCAGGCUAUCUUUUCUAUUUAAAGAUGGUGCUCCUAUGGAUGACUAUUCUUUCUCUGUGUGUGUGUCCUUCCCAAGCUGUGCACACAUGAGGAUUCUUCUUUAGUCCCGUGGCUCUGGCCGGUAUUUGCAAAGCUUGUCACCGUGUGGACUGUGAGGGUAAUAGGCAGCCCAGCUCAAAGUCGGCUGCUUCUUUGCUGACGUGCCAGGCUGGUGUGUCUGCGUGGCUGUUUCCCAGGGCUGCUCUGUUCAGGGUCUCUCUUUGAAACUAUGCCUCAUAUGCCUCAGGGUGUCCUUAAGGGUCACUCCCACCCUCACUGCUUAUAGCUGUCCUGUUUUAGCAGUCUGCCCCAUGCUGGGGCAAGAAUUUUGGGGGUGGGCUGUACCUCUAAGGGUUACAGCCUUUCUACAUUUAGGGUGCUAUGUACCUUGCAAGUAAAAAGCACAGACUUUGAGGUGAGACUGCCUGUGUUUGAACCUGCCUCUGCUGUUAAUUAGCUGUGUGAUCAUGUGGAAGGUACUUAAUCCCUCUGUGCCAUGAUUUCUUCCUCUCUCAAAUGGCAAUAAAUAAUACUGUCUACUUUAUAGGGUUGUGAAGAUUAAAUGAAGUAACACAGACCAAGUGCUUAGAAUCGUGCCUGGAACAUGGGAAGUACAAUAUAAUUGUUGGUUGUUGUUGUUCAAGGUAGGAGUGGUGCAGGCAGGAGGUGCAAAGAAAUCUGUCUGAGGAGGAAGAUAGAACUGCCGGAUUGUACACAGAGACACAUAUAGUCACUCACCCACCCAUGCAUGUAACAAUAAAAAUGCCAGGCCACAGCCCACAGGGAGUCAAGUUCACCUUGCUGAGAUAGCUGAUUCUGUAAGUCCCAGAAAAGGGAGAUUUCUGGUGAAGGAAUAGAGGAAGAGUCUAGGGGUAAAGAUGAUGAAAGGGCUUGACCCCGUCAGAAACCCAUGGGACAUUUCUAGGGAACCGAUUUUAUGCUGAAGAGUAAGUCCCAGGACCUUCACUAUCCAUGUGGUCCCAGCCUCACUUAUUUAACCACUGAAAGCAAGGCUUUGUGAAAGUGAGCUCCAGUGAGAAACUCAGGAGGGUGGCACCCCGUUCUCCCUGAGGAUCCCCUUGGGUUUGGGAUACUCUCACUUUCAUACUGCCAUUGCCUUCCAUCCCUUAUUCCCAUAGCUGAGCAUGUGAGCUUUUAUUCAGUUGCUAUUAGAGUUUAUUUCACCUCAGUUCGUGAGCAUGUAAAGAAAGAAGAUGGGCCCACAGGAAGCUGCUAGCAGGAAGAGGAGCUCUGAAGGGCAAGAGGCUGUCCAAGGGAUGAAAGCAACAUCACAAAUGCUCGGCUUAGCAUAUCAGCCGUAAGUUGAGGAGCCACCAUAUGUUGGGCUCCUUGAUAGAUUUUCCAUAAUCCUGCACUGUAGAUAUUACCAUCAUUUUAUUGAUAGAGAACCUGAAGGUAGCUGGUGGAGAGGGACACUCCAGAAGCAUGUGAGGCUGCUUAGCUAGAUUGGAGCUCUGACCUCUCCCUUUUGCCACUAUCCCAGGAUCCUUGGUUUCCCUGCUUCUGAAAGUAGAGUAUCCUCCUCAGUCAGAUAGAGGGGCUUCCCUAAGAGGACACUCUUGUCCUCUCCUGUGUUUGGCCUCCAUAAGUUAGGUGUGGGGUUGACAUAGUUUGAAUAUUUGUCCCCUCCAAAUCUCAUGUUAAAAUGCAAUCCCCAGUGUUGGAGGUGGGCCUAGUGGGAGGUGUUCGGGUCAGGGAAGCAUAUCCCUCAUGCAUGUCUUGGUGUCCUCCCCAUGGUAAUGAGUGAGUCCCUGCUCUAUUAGUUCACAUGAGAGCUGGUUGUUGUAAUGUGUCUGGCACCUCCUUCCUCUCUCUCUUGCUCCCUCUCUUGCUAUGUGACACAUCUGCUUCCCCUUCCCACCCACCAUGAAUAAAAGCUUCCUGGGACCUCACCAGAAGCAGAUGCUAGUGCUGUGUUUAUACAGCCUGCAGAAACCAUGAGCCAAAUAAAUCUGGACUAAUACAGGGGUGGAGGCUCAGUAUGUCCAGGGUGGGGAUGCACUCUGUUUUUCUUCAGGGUGAUGUCUGCCUAAGGAAUUCCAAAGCUUGGGGGUGGCUUGGCUUUCUCUAGUUUCCCAAGAUGGGGUAGGAGGUGGUGGCAUAAAUACUGAAGAGCUUUGCCCCAGUCUCAGGGCUUUGUCUGCCAGGUAUCAGCCCAGGUUGUCCAGCUUCCAGGCCAGGAGGCGCUGUUCAACAUUGGUGGCCCCAGUGGCUGAAUGCUCACAACUUCUAGUUCAGAUGCUUCUCAUCCCUUUCUGAGGGUGGAGAACUCUUGCUUCCUGCAGCCCUAAGUCCAUUUGGAGGCCAGUAGUGGCCUGGAUGGUCAUCUCAUUGAUCAAUACACUUAAACCAGUUACAGCAAAUGAGAAGCCAUCCAAGUUACUGGGCUCCAGUGGAGCUUCCGAAAGUCAGCCCUUCCAGUGGACCUUCUGCCAGCCUGACCCCUGCUCCAACCAAGGCAGCUCCUGGGGGAGGCAAAGUCCAGGUGGAGGGUUUUCUGCUCAUCAAGACCUCCCUUGGAGGGAGAUGCGAGGGAAGGAAUAGAAGGGAAGAGAAGGAGGAAAGCAAAUAUGAGAAGGGGAGACAGGUACUGGGAGUUGGGGGAAAAAUCCUAAUCAUUUGUUUAGUUUCUUGCUAGAAAAUCUGGAGAAGGGUGAGUGGAGGCUGGGGAUAUAACUCUUAGGUGCAGUGACUUGUUUUCUGCUGGUGAUUUAUUUUGCUUGUGUACUGAUGUUUCCCAGGUUUCUGUCCUGGGCCGCCUUUGCUUCUCUCUCUGCCCUUUGCCCUGGAGAGUUGAUGCAAGCCCAUGGUUUCAAGUUUACUCAGAUGCUUAUGAUUUCUUCCUGCAUUCUUCUGGCCCCAGUAAUGAUCCACCAUGCAUCUCCAUCUUUGUACAUAGGCACCUCUAUGCUUCAUCUCACCAGCAGCCUUAAUCCUUCUGCAUCGAUUGUUUCCUCUAAAAAACCCUGUUCCUAUCAUGGUAUAUCCCCCACUUUCUUUCCAGCCUUACCUUCUUCUACUUACUCACAUCUUUCUAGCAUGUAGAUCUUUUCUUCAUUACCUGCAAAAUUUCAUAUCUUCAUGCCUUUGUACGUGCUGCACCCUCUUCCAGAAAUGCCUUCCACCACUUCCUAUUUCCUUUGUCUUCCUAGCAAACUUCCACUUAGCCUCAGACAUUAAAUACUCAAGACAAAAGUCACAUAAGUAUUGGUAAAGUCCUCCCCCACAUCCCGGGAUGAACUAAUCAUUCCCCACUUUGGAUUUUCAGUCCUUCCUGCGUACCUCAAGUAUGGUUCUUAUGACCUGUAUGGCCUUGUUUUCUGCAUGGUGGUAUCCCUCUCUGGACUUCAAGCUGUUUAAGGCAAAGACCAUCAUCUUAGCCAUUUCUGGAUUCUAGCUCAGUGCUCAGCACAUUGCAGAUGUUCAGUACAUUUGCAUUAAUAAUUUAUUUUAACUUUACAUGGCUCCCUUGAUUGUAUGUAACUGGGAAUAUGCAAUUAAUUUGUCAACUUGUUGGUCUCCAUGUCCUAUCUGAUUGAUCUUAAGCAUUAGCAUGAGGACAGAAAGAAAGAAUGAGGGUGUUCGAUUUUCAGCUGAUCCUAGAUGAAAAGAGCCCCAAAGCCCCCCUCCUCCAGUGGGGAGGAAAGGAAAGGCUUUUCCUAUCUACAAAGUGAGCCCUCAGUCAAUGCUGCCUGCAGAGACCUUGCCAGUGUUCUUUUCUUGAACCAGAUUGGUUUUCAGAGAACUCUUUUCUUUCCUUUCUGGCAGAAUGUCAGUCACAUACUCAGAAUAUCACCUCCUUGGGCACAGCCAGGGCAUGGUCCAUUGAAAAUGUUCCUGACUGCCUGAAGCUGAUGGCUCACCAUAAAAGCCAAAAUGGGGACCUGUCAAAAAUGUAUUAGCCAAACUAUGGUUUGGCUCAGGAAGAUGCCAAGACCAAAGGCUGCUGAACUUUACGUAUAAACUUGCAUGAAAAGCACAUCACUGAUCUGAGACAGUGGAGGCUUAGUGGUGAGAAUAUGGGCUCUAGAUAGACCUGGUUUCAAGUCUUGGCUCUGUCAUUCACCAGCUGUGUGAAUUUGGGCAAACCACUUUUUUUCUCUGAUGCUCAGUUCCCUCACCUAGCAAAAAGGGUGAUAAUGAUGGCAUCAACUCAUAAGGUUCAUGAGGACUGAGUUAGAUAAUGCAUACACAUGUUUCAUAUACAAUAAUAAAUAAAAAUGUUGGCUGUUUUAA